AUGGCAACAACAGGAAAAAGAGAAGCAAUUAGAUUAUAUAGAGAUAUUUUACGAACCAUCAGACAUUUUAAUCAUCCAAAUGAACAAGGUAUAUUAUGGAGCUCUGUUUUAAAAGAAAGUACACGUAAAGAAUUUGAACAAAAUAGAUUUGAAAGAGAUCCAACUAAAGUUGUACAAUUAGUUAUGGUUGGUAGAGAUUGUUUAAUGAAAAUCCAAGAAGGAAUGAUAACAGGAAAAGUCAAUAAAGAACCUGAUACACCAACUGAUAAAUCACCAUUCCAACCUCUUGUAUAA